AACGAAACAAACGACAAAUAUAGUGACAAUAUACUUUCGAUGAGCUUUUUCAUUUUCUCGUAUAUGAUACAUACGUAUAGCUAUAUCAAAUUAUCGUACAUGUACAAUGCUUUGUUUUGCCAAAAUUGAGUGCUCCUGUAUUGAUUUCAAGCCAACGAGAACCUUAACUAAGCUUUUCAUCAUUUGCGAUUGUGAUAUGAUUGACAAAUUGUUCAUAAAAAAAAAAAACGUAAUGUCACGUUUUUGGCUGUCAGAUUUCUUUAUUUACUUAAUAAUAUCUUUGCACUCUUAGAUAACUAGAGUGUAACAUAGCGUAGGCUUAACAUUCGAUUGAAGUUAUUCAAUGUAAAACCGUUCCCUCUUCUAUAUACUCUAAACACUAUCAUCAGAUCGCACACAUCACGCUUCAUGCACAGAGAAUGUGCUUCACUGAGCUCGCGUGUCAGGCUGUCUUGUUCAUUACGUUGCUCGUAGAGGAAGUGUAUAAUCUUGUUUUUCAUCGUUAUCUCACUCUCAUUUCUAGAAGAUAAUGAUAAUUGAAAUGAAAAAGUCGAUUACGAACAAGGUUUUAUUAGUACAUACUGGGGGAACUCCCCCGCCAGGGUGCGUUACGUGAGGUAUGGACGUUGCUAAACUUGCUUGCCUAAUGCCAGUCAGAAAUUGAGUGGCGCCCAAUUUCCGAACAAAUCUGUCUUUACAUAAUCGAGUCGUCUAUGAGUAAUAGGUUAGUGAAGUUGGGAGAAUUUUUCUGUAUUUGUCCGAUAGUGAUGGACCUGUAUGCGAAACGAACAGUAAUCCUUGAAAGGAGGGUCCGACAGGCCAAAAAUAGUACGGAUCAGAGCGGGCAACCGUAUAGUAGGGCAGACAGAAUAGGGAUCUGAAGUCGCGCAAGCCAGAUACACUAAGGCCUUACAUUGAGCGAUGCGAACAUUAGCUUUGAGCUGUUUUUUUUUUUGCUAUUUUCUCUCCUUUUUCCCCCGCCUGCAUUUGUUUAAGUUCCGGGCAACUGGCUCUUUUUUUUCUCAUAAGUCUUCUUCGGUACCGCGGAAGCUGAAACGGCGGCGGCAGCAACAAGUGAUAGGUGUUGCACAAUUAGGGGCUUCCAAAAGAUGUUAUUGUUGUCUCUAACGAACGUUUGCUAUUUAAAGCACACGCCUUAAAACUGAGGCCCACUGCCUGCCAACCAACUGUCAGCCAUGUCCUAUUAAGGUCAUGUAGCAAUUUAUCUAGGGACGAAUGCGCUACCUGCUCAAAAAAGCCUUCAGAAAAGUAGAUCCCAUAGAUGAUUCUCGAAACAGGAUUUUUCUUACACACAGUACAUAGUACAGUGUCUAAUAGUUUUAUACUUAAUGUAUAUCUAUACCGAUCGCACGUACUCUUCCAUAUAUGUGACAAAAUACAGACAUUUACUAACCAUUACCCUGUGCUGGUUGAUUGUGAUAACCGUGUUGGCAAUCACAUGUAUAGGCACGUUUGCUUUCGUAGUGUUUCAAUGGCAAAAAAUUGAGUAGUUUCCCUUAAACAUGAAAUUAACGAUCGGUUUCAAAGGGAAACAAGCGGCCAAAAUUAUCACUAUGUCCUGUAGCACAGAUUUUUUUUUAGAAGUUCCUUUCCAAGGACUUAAAGCCAUUUCACGCUGUGGCUCCCAAAAUAGAUAGAAACUUGCACCAAUAUGCGGGGUAUAUAUAUAUAUAUAUCACUGAGCAAAUUAUAAUUUGACUCCAUUUAACCUAGAGAUGAGAUCUUAUUGUUAUUGCACUAAGAAUCUUAGCAAUUUGAUUAUUGAUUUGACAGGGUUCUCCAAGCAACUGCUUUUUUUAGUGUAGUAAACUGAACCUCUUUAUUUAACUAUCAGAGUCAUAUUACGCGCGCAAAAUAGAUCACAAACGCUCUUGAUUUGUGCGUCCUACUGUUUUCAAAAUGUCUAGACAUAGCCAGGACCAUGUAGAAAUAAAAUGGCAUUAAUCAGAAAAUUAAUUACUGCCGAAUUAUUGUCGAUUUACUUUUUUCUACGAUUUUUUUCCGUAUCGUACUAUAUAUAUUUUAAUAUACUGCUAUUAGAAGUAGUACAAAGGUUUAUGAUAAAUGGCAACCUGCAUGCAUUUGCAGUACGGCCACUUUACUUCAUACUGGUCUCUUUUCAGUAUCAGUGACGAACCCAGUGAAUGUUUAAUUUUUCUCCUUCGUAGCGAACUCGAAAGUGGCGUUACCUUACGGUUAGUAGCGAUCAGCCUACCCCACCAUUACUUCCGUUAGGGGGUCGUUUCUCUGCCUAUGUGAGUAAAAGUGUGGGUGGUUGCUUUUGACGCUAUUCACAGGAGCAGAGAAAUAAACGAACAGGCGGAUGACCGGAACAUACCCAUACUCUUUUAUUGUAGGCCUCACUCACUCACUCCACCCGUUCUGCGGCAUGAGUUUAUGUUCUAAGUGAGUGACUGACGAUGUAGGCACACCCCGUACAUAGUUCGGCAUAACACUACCGAUGACUUGUGUAGCUGUAACCGCGCGGUCAUUUUGAAUCAUGCGCCUUUCGGCUUAUUCGUCCGACCGGAAAGGCUACGUGUGUAGCUGAAUAAUAGUGUUUGUAGAAGCAGAAUUCGGCAAAAACAACUGUUUCGGAACCGUUCUAGCGUGCAUCGCACGUACAAGUUAAUAAGUAUGUUAAAGUUUGAACCUGUCGCUACAGAUGAUAUAGACUGAAUAGAAGAGAUUACUUUUAGUGUCACCUACUACAACGUUUUUUGGCUGAUCAAACCGCCAAUAUUCAGCGCGCGGGAGUCCCUCGUGAGUUCUUUAAUGAGCACCUGCUCUUCAUGCUUGUCAUUUACCUCUUGAGAAGUUGAGCAAGUAAUCACAUCAUUACUGAGUCGAUAGUAAAUUUGUCGUUUGCGCAGCUAAUUUCGGUGCACAACUCGAUAAAGAUUAUGCUAAUUCCCAUAAUUUAUACCAGUUUUUUUUCAAAAUAACUGCACAGCCUCUAUGUGUGUGUGUUUCUCUUCGCAGCGGAAAAGCAACGGAAUUGAAGGCAAUUUUGAGUUUUUUUUUUUUUUUCUUAAUAUUAUUCUUACCUCUUUGCUACUAUGGAAGUUGUCGCCAAUAUGCUUGGUAAUAUGGUAAUGCUUUACCUCACUGUUAUAAAACCCAAUGUGCUUCGCAAGGCAGACGUUUUGCAGAAAUUGAUCGAUCUUAAAAGCUGAAAAGCCUGUAUUUUUUGAUUGAUCGUCUGCUGUUAAUGGACGAGGUAGCUGAUCCAUUUCACUGAAGAAAAAUCCACUAUGUCUAAACUCGAUGAUAGGCCAAUUGCACUGCGAAUUGACCACAUCGAUUAUCGGUGCGUUACUGUACGUCGACGAUAGUUGCUCAACAGGCGAAAUAUUGUCAAACAUUGUUCGUUGCCUGCAAUACAAAACGGCUAGGCCGCCACAAGGAUUAGUUAUGAAGAUUAGAUCGCCGAUGACUUUAGGCUCUGAAAUAGGACGAGAAGAAUAGGGUGUGCAAUAAUCGCGAUGUUUUUGAACGAUAUGCGCUAUCUACAUUAAGAAGCGUACGCUUUGAAUUUACCUAAGUAUACAGCCUUUGGAAGUUUUCAUACAAAAAGCGAUUCGGUCCAUUUACAAAAUAUAAGCUCAGCAGUUAUUAUCUUUAAACGGGUCGACUGAAGUGUUUCUCAUGUGAAGGUAUAUAUAUAUAUAUAUAUUUUUUUUUUCUGUAACUACAGCUUAUAAUGUUAUGUUACUGUUGACAAAUUUCUCUAAUUUUUCCAUCGAAUAAUGUGUGUUAUCGUGUGAGAAGGUAGUGAGUUUCACUUCUAAGAAGUGUUUCAACUACGUUCUAAGUUGCUGAUCCGUUGAAGCCCAGCGAAUAGUUGUCAAUCCCAGAUAGCAUCCUCUAGAUGCAGAAUACCGAGCCCAAAUCUGCCAAAGCCCUUUUGAGCAAUUUUGUUAGCAAAAGCAAAUGACGCCUGCUGUUUCGGCAGCAUUUCGGUUUUAACCAAACAUAGUACAAAAGAUAUGAAACAGCAUGUUCUCCACUUAAAACAUCAACCUUUGAAGAGCUUCCCCGAGUUAAAAUUUCCCUCCCAAUAAAAUAUUGUCUCAACACAGGCGUGCUUAAACUAAGAGCUGAUAUAUGUAUUUUUUGAAAUAUCAACUAGCUAGGAAACUGUCUACGUUAAAUAUUGGCAUAAAUAAAUAUUAUUAUCGGCUUAAUACUAAUAUUACGUCAACCAGGUAUGUUGCUUUACCAUCUAAAAUAUAUUCUUGACUGGAUCAUUUUUUGGACUGUAUUAAAUAAGAAGGAAACGGCUGAAAUUCGCCAAUUAUAAUACAAUAGCCAAUGAUACUCAGAGGAUUAAACCAAUUAACGGACCAUAGCCACUAUAUAGCCACUGUGACUAUAUAUAUCACAGAUAGGGUUUUUGAAGCUGUUAGGCUAUAUCGUGUACAAGUGCAAACAGAAUACGCUGACCUAAAUUCUAUUGAGUCCUUCGUAUAUAUGAUUCAGAGAACUAUAAAACAGAAGCCUAAAAUCGUCAACCUUACUCGUAUAUAGUCGCUAACAUUCUUAUAUUAGUGAUGUCUCCUUAAGGGCUUUGCGAUCUGAGUACUUUGACAUAUGCGUUAAACUAAACCGGAAUGGUCUGUCUUUUUAGAGACCAAUUUUACAUUUGGGUAUUCUAAUUUUAAAGCUGUCUAGCUUUGCACUCUGCACGCUGACCUUUUAAUCACAACGAAAGAUAUUUCGUGGACUUUAUUAAAAUGAUCAGUACAUGAUUUAUUUGAAAAUAGAUAGUAAUUUCUUUGUUAUAAAUCCAAGAUCCAAAAUACGCAUUGCCGCAAUCCAAAAGAUUUUACACAAAAGCAGAGCUUAGAGGCCGAGGACCAUGUAAGGUGUUACAAAAUUAUAGCCUAAAUAGUAAAAAUGCGCGAAUUGUGUGAAAAGGGGACUUUCUGUCGUACACUGAUUCUAAAUCAGUCUAUGUAUUUUACGUACAAUCUAUGGAACUUCAACAAAAACCCGUGUGGAGCAUACGGUUUUCAUAGAUAGUAAAUAGUUCAAUCUUUAACGCCAACCGGAAAGGGACUUGAUGUUGCUAUGGAAAGAAAUUAAGUUAGACGGCAGUGUCGCGCAGUAAGUAAUAAGGUGGUGGUAAUACUCUCAAUGGACAUCAAGGUAUUCGUCGGAAAUAAAAUAGUAAAUGCAGCUCACUAUCUCGGGUUGCUCAAAGGACUUAUGCAUCGUCGACACUGCAAUCGGAAGCGGACAUUCUGGUUACUUGAUGACAACGCCAGACCUAGUCACCAUGGCUCUACUAGUCCCCGGACUGAAUAAAGGAAUAUCCAAUGUUGUCUUCAACUCGCUAGUUCAAGCUAAGAAUACGGGACCUUCCAUGCCUGAAAACGGGCAACUGGUCAACAAGCAUAUCCCACCACCAAUCUACUUUGAGAAGCAAGAUAUAGAGAAGUCAUUUAUGGCACGCGAAUGAGAGGUAAAUGGCUCUCCAGAAGGUCACAACGCUGGAACAAGUAUUCGAAGAAAAUAAAAAGAAGUAUCUCUAACAUGUUCAUUCUAGCUCAACUAGUUUAAGAGUUAUUCGUUCCAAAGUCCACCGGAUUCGCUUGUGACAGCUUAACAUUUUGCUAGCUAAGAUUAAUGGUACUGCUUGUAUUUAAAUAAGCCUUUUGUUAUUGAAUGAAUAAAGAAAUCAAUAUUGCAAUGAACAUCCUUUUCAGCCCAGAUAAAUAAAAUUAGCGAGUUACAGUAAGGAGUCGAUAUCUCAGGUAUGCGCUUACAAUACGGAGAUACGAUAUGGAAACAGUAUAAUAAACUUGUGACGCUUUUGACCAGUCGAGGGCGUUCUAGACGCACAUAGGAGGCAUUGUACGUACGGGUUAUUUUAGGGGAACAGUUCGACUGUAAUGGCUUCAUUUAAAGUUUUUGUUAAUGAAAAUAACGUUUUACAAAUCUAGAUGCACAAUUAGAGACAUGAAAAUGAGAGAUUACCGCCUGCGGUAUAUUAUGAACGGAAGAAAUUACGUCGAAGGCAGUGUAUGUUUGUUGUCGAUGUUGCUACUGCUGCAAAAAAACAGGUGAUUCCCACCUGUAUCCGAAAAGUUUAUCCGCUCCUCGCACAUCACGACUGGGAUUUGAGCCGGCGGAUUUGGACACAGGCACUAUGAGAUGCUGGCACUUCGGCUGCUACGUUCCGGCUCAAUUUUGUCGUUGUUCCGCUGUUAAUGUAAAGUUAUUAAAAAAAAAAAAAAAAAAAAAAAAUGCCUAAUCAGAUUCAGACGAAGCCACUGAUGUGGCGGAUGGCCAUUUAUGUCCUGAUUUAAUUUUGCUUUGAUCCUCUCAUUCCCUUUUAAAACAUCAUCUAAACUGAGCUCCAGAUUUAUCAUUUGGAUAUUUUUGGGUCACGUUGAUAGUGUAUGUAGUGGUCUAUUCAUUGCUGCUUUCUUGCUUGGCAAAUUUUGAAAAGAUACACCGAAUAAAUCGGGACCCGUGUGCCAGCGGGCCAGCCACAUAUCAGCUCGCCUGACGAGGCUAGGAAAACCCAGGCAAAAAUUUGUACACAUCUCUUUCAGCACAUGUCCAGCAUUACGCAUACACCUAAUACUGUCAACAUGUCACUUUUUCCAGUCGAAUGUAAACGGACUUUAGGCCUGCUUCGCUUGAACCUAAUCAAGGUUCUGUGUAGCUGUUUCGUGUCAAUCGGCUUCUGUAACUUUAACGGCUACGUCUCCUGUGUUUACCCUGUAGUCUAGCUAUCCAAUUUUCGGCAAUGCAUUGUUGUAAUCAAUCAUUUAGUACCAGUUUUUCGGUCACCCUGCUUCAGCGAAUUGAUUUUAUUAUUACGCCCAUCCCUUAACCCUACCUCCGUUAUUCAAUUGUGCGGAAGCAUUGGUUCUCAGAAGUUUUGCAUCUCCCACAUACAAACACUUCACGACUGUGUUCUAAAUAUAUUUGACCUUUCUGCAGUCGUUGUACUUCUCUUUACCAGAUGUCGCUCUGUCACCCUUAACCAGUUACCCUGUUGAAGUUUAUCUACCUCGAUUACAUACGUUCGAUUACACAGUGAAAAUAAGAAAAAUUAAUUACUUUUCAAAAAUACAAUUUUGUAGAGUUUAAAAGAUCAUCAGCUUUUACAUCUAAAUGUUUGACAACUACCAAGGAAGCUCACGAAAAACAGUCUCUUUUCCUUUAUUUAAGCUAUUAACAGGUCUCUAGAAUAAUUUUAGCACAAAAUAUGGAGUCGUGGCAAGUCAGCUUGUCCACUCAAACCUGUAUAUGAAGUAUAAAAAUGACGAAUACCGUUGUGGUUAUUUUCUAGUCUAUAUAUAUAUAUAUAUAUAUAUAUAUGGAGCAGAACGACAUCUUAGCUAUGAUAGCUUAAUCUCAACUAAAUAGGGAUGUAAAAUGUAUUUGUUGAAAUUAUUUAUUUCAGAUCAGUGUUUGAUCGUUAGAUUUCGUACGUUCAUGUAUUCAUUUGCGAAUGCUAUUUCUACUGUUCAUAACAUAGUUGUUAUGUCAAAUUACUACUAUUUCUUGUAUUUAAUAUGUCCGAGGAAUUAUCUAUGCUGAUGAGUGGAUGACUGGUUCGGUACUCAUAACGACAUCUGCGCCUCUCUGAAAGCGGAUGAGAUUAAAGCAGGCUUAAUGAAGACGGAGCCACCAGCGGUAGCUUGGUCGAGCUUCUGAUCACACCGUGACGAUCCUCUGGUACUACAGUGGUGCUUCGCGAAGGCAUUGUUGGCGACGCUAGUGUGGUUCCGCUAGCGGCAGCAGCAACGGCGGCAGUAGCCGAUCGCUGCCCGACGGUCGAUUCAUCAACGAUAGUCAGCUUCGAGUGUAGAACGAGUAUACUGCGAUACUGCGACAGCACGGGGCGCUCCGAUCAACAAUAAGAAGAAAAAGGGCAACGCAAGAUGAUGAUUUUAAGGAACAAGGAUAAAAUCAGAAGAGGAAAUGGGUCAACAUCGACUCUCAGCCAAAACUCAGCAGCCCCAGCACACUUUUGUAUUAAGCGAUGUUAUGGCUUUGCUGUUCGUGUCGCCACACGUAUUGAUGGCUUUAUAAUUCUGUGUACACGGCACACAGUACCAUGCACUCAGAUACGAACAGCACCACGCGAAGAUUGACACUCACAUGUCGCAUCAACGAUCAGCCUAUACUUGACUGUUUGCUUUCGUUAAAUGUAACAGAAGUAACGGUAGUUGCCGUCUUUCUUAAAUUAUAUAUUCACACACCAAUUCUGAGCGCCAGGCACUGCAGCACGGCAAAAAUAUCCGCUUUAAUUACUCUAUAUCUAUAAACCAGUUCGAGCGUUAAGGUAUGUAAACCCUCUUGAUUAACUAAAAUACAUGGUAUCCGUAAAACUGACAAUCUAUGCUUGUUCUAUGUGUGGUUGCAGUUGUUACGGACAAGCUCGUUCAAUGGUUCGUUACAUGAUAGAGAUCUACAGCAGAAAUGGGAUUGUAACCUGUUGACCUAAGGACUAUUUUUUAAAGUUACUUAAUUAAAAUGUUAUCCCUGUAAACUCAGAUUAGGUUGAACAGUCUCUCCAGCAUGAUCGUUUACGAAUGCGUAGUUUAUGGUGAAAAAGUAACUCUCAAAACGCGCUCAAUAGCCGUCCGACGUAUUCGGAUCACAUGGGAACGAUGUUGAUGUCUCAGAGCAGAAGAUAAUUACUGAAGGGAACCGUCGCCUCUAGUGAACAACGCACGCAGAUAAAAUCACUCGAUUUCUUAAUUGCAACACCCAAGUUUUUGUCGCACUUCUCUGUAGCACUCAGUUGCGGAACAUCGUGUUUCGACAGCUAUAUAACGCGGUGAGCUUGCCCGCGAAAUUUUGGAAACACGUGAUAGCUUAGGUACGAUCCGGAUGUCAACACGCCCGAUUUUGUGCUAGUAGUCAUCUGUCUGAAGUGAUGAGUGCCUAAUGGCUAGAGUAGCGGACGCAAUACAUGGAGAAACAUCUUUUCAUCGCUUUGUGAGCAAUAUAUAGUUCAAUGUGUUACUGAAUUGUGUAAGAAGCUUAAAUUAGGUUAGUCGGGCGAAUCAGAAUCAAACGGAGCCUGCCCGCUAUCGUCACACUAGCGAAGACAGCCGCAAAAGAAUGGGGCAGCUGUUUGUUUCAGCGCGUGCAGGAAAUGCUUACCCAGUUGACAUCACAACAUGAACGGUAGCAUUCGUUGUUCCUUCCCGACCCAAAUAGUGGCUUAAAUCGCCCAUCCGGCUUGGAGUGAACUGUCGUUUACGCCCUCCCUCCCCACGAUCCCAGCGCCGUCCCAGCAUUUUGUGAAUUCGAAUGACAGAAGAGGUGCGCCAUAUACGGCGUGAAUAGUAAUAAGGGCGGCCAUAAGGGCUGUGGCAAUUGUAGCGAAUUAUCCCUUAUUCAGAUAAUUCGUCUACUAAAGCAAGAUGCUGCUGCUGCUGCUGCUGCUGCUGCAGCACGUGCUGUCGUUAUUGUUGUUGUUGUUCUUGGCUACGGCAAGAUCGGUUUCGUAUUAGUUUCGAAUCGUUCAGACUUCUCCUUUGGAUUCUGUCUACAUAGAAAGGACGGUGCUAUUUAAUAAUCGACAACUGAAAUCGACAUAUAUCACAAACGAACAGAGCUGACAAAUAGCUCUGGCACUGGUUCAAGACAAUAGACGAAAGGCAUGCAGAACUAGAUUUUGAUUUCUCACUACUAACUGUAUAAUCUAACUGAGUGCAAAUGCAUUUUGCUACGCCAACACAACGGAAUCCUCGUUGGCCUUCUCGAAGGCCUACCUACCCUACAGCUCUCUAUAUAAUUUAAUAAUCUCUCUCUCUCUCUCUCUCUCUCUCAGAGAGAGAGACAUAUAUAUACAAUUUCCAGUUGUUAUCAAAGGAUGUCUAUCUUUGUUAACCACGACUGUAAGAAAAUCGUUUCUGGAAGAGAUAAUACUGAACGUAAUAAUAAGCGAUACUUUAAGACGACAUCCUCGGUGCACUUAUAGUCGCCUGCUUCGAAUCUACAUCAGGGCUAAAAAUGUCUGCAUAUCUGCAUAACAUAAUUGUAAAGCACGGUAAUCGUAUUGUUUACUGCAGAUAUUGCGUAGAAGGAUCCCCAUGGUUAGCGUUGGGAUCGCAACAAAGUGCGUCGACGAUUAUGUGUGUCCUGAGAAUUUUGAUCUUAAUUCUGAUCGGCCAGUGGCCAUUCAUUGGAUCGAUAGAGUGUUUCGAAAAAAAUAGAAGGCUACAUUGGCCGGGCUGAAUAGAUGUAACGCUUAGUUCGUUUUUAAUUCCAACUACAAAAUAUGUCCGCUUUGUGUUAAUGAUUUGGUAACUGCUCUUCUUUUCAGAAUGUAUCUGUUUAUCUUGCGCUGUUACCGGGUUGUUGUUGACGGGGGGGCUCAUAAAAAGGUGCUUAGGCACCGAGCAUAGUUGAGGUGAUACAAGUGAUUCUGGAUAAAACGCCUGUUCCAGCAGCACUCGUCCACGCAGGGCCUCACAGGGUCCGGAGUGGUCAACACAAGCGACUUAACGCCUAUCGGUUUCCAUAGGGAUGCCAGAACGACGAAAACGCUAGUGAAAAUCGCGCAGCUUAACAAUCGCCUGUGCCAAUAGGGAAAGUCACAGGUUUGUAGAGAGUCUGCCUGCGAAGCCCUCGCUUUUUAUCUGGGCAGGACUUCGAGUCGCGCUGCAGAAACUACGAAAGUGUCGGGCGCCGAUAUGGUGGCCAAGAAACAAGCCGAAAGCCUACCAGACCACUGCUCAUGCACCGUCAUUACUGAUGUUGAGGACGGUAUGCUUCCUAGCUGAGAGACGUUUGGAAAAAGACCCGUGGAACUGGUCGCCCUCUAGGAAAAAGACAACGGCGACGAUAGUAGCGCUGCCGGCCAGCCGCGCCAUAGCAGCACUACCGCUAGCAGCACUCCGAACUAGCACUGCAGAUCGCAUAUGCUGCUUCGUCACUAUUGGAAUGCAGAGAUCACUAACAGCUAACUAGGCAGGCUCGGUUCCUCGGUAUUUGUCGAAUCAAUCCUGGAAUUGAAAUACUGACCAUAGCAGUCACAGCGUCGGGCAAUAGUAGCAGCAAGUUUAUAGGACGCGGUUGCAUGGUAUCUCAAUAUGCCCGCCAUCUCCAUAUCGGUGCCUCGCAAAUUGGACUAAUUCGACAGGAAAACAUAAUAUGGCCUUGACUCAACGUUUCUACUGUUGUGUACGUGCAACGGACGACGGCGGCAGCAGCAGCGGCGGCGGCGGCGGCAGUAGCAGCUAGUGCACUGAAAAUCAAUUGCGAAAAGAUGACGUUACCUUCUACGUAAUCAUAAUGAUAAUAAUGGUGAAUGUAAUCGACGAAGUAACCCGUUGAGAGGAGUUGUUCGUGUUGUGAUUUUCGUGAAGUAUUCAUUAUUUUAAGGUCGCAGAGUUUGCCAACUGCAGAUUGCGGGUUGUGAUAUAAAUAGUUGCGUGUGAUUAUCAGUGAAGACAAGCGAGUUCGUGCUUAGCAAAUGAUCGAAAUCUGAAUCAGUCGGAUAGUGCUAAGAGUUGUGCGGCUGUCAAUGCACGAGAAUGGAAAAUAAACAUAAACUAAAACAUCGUUUUGACAUUGUGCGCAAGUUGGGCCAAGGCACAUAUGGCAAAGUGCAGCUUGCAAUCAACAAGGAAACUGGACAAGAGGUAAGUACUUCUACGUAUGUGAGAACGGUAGCGAUUAAAACGAUAAAAAAAUCAAAAAUUGAAACAGAGCAAGAUGCAGUUCGUAUUCGUCGAGAGAUUCAGAUCAUGUCAUCAAUUAGACAUCCGAACAUUGUGCACAUUUACGAGGUGUUCGAGAACAAGGAUAAAAUUGUACUGGUUAUGCAGAACGCGUCAGGCGGUGAGCUGUACGAAUUUUUGAGCGAACGCAAGGUCUUAAGCGAUACUGAAGCGCGCAGGAUUUUUCGCCAGGUUGUCGCUGCGGUUUAUUAUAUUCACAAAUAUAAAAUUUGCCACCGAGAUCUCAAACUGGAAAAUAUUCUCCUCGAUGAAAAAGGCAACGCUAAGAUUGCAGACUUCGGCUUAUCAAACGUCUAUGAUGAGAAAAAUCUUUUAAGCACGUUUUGCGGCUCCCCACUAUACGCGUCGCCCGAAAUUGUUAAGGGGUUACCUUAUUUCGGGCCGGAAGUGGACUGCUGGUCGCUCGGUGUACUGCUUUACACGCUUGUCUAUGGAGCUAUGCCUUUCGAUGGAAGCAACUUUAAAAAACUAGUCAAGCAAAUUUCCACGGGAGAUUACUAUGAACCCAAGCAACGAGCAGCCGCUUCCGGCCUUAUCCGUCAUCUGUUAACUGUGAAUGCACUCGAACGAGCGACAAUUGUCGACGUGUGUAACGACGCGUGGGUAAAUGAGGAAUACGACACGCAGCUGCUACAAGUGGCGGAAGAUCUGGCCAAUCUUUCUCCAGUCCGCCUCGAACUUCUUCUGGCACUUCAACCGCAAACGCCGCCCACCCCAGACAGAACUCAGCACAAUGCACACCCCUUGACUGCUGAAAGGUUAGGGGAGCAGCUAAGUUCCACGGACACAACUUCAGACAAUACAAUGGACGAAGCGGAACCUAACGCCGUCGUUCCGAGUUCAAGUCUCAUGCGAAUGCCAUCGUUGGCAGUGAAAGCUGGCAGUUCGUCCAUUGGUCCGCCUAUGCAGUCUUGUUCCAUGCGGUAUGUCUCAAAUGUUUCUUCCACUGCCCUAACCAAGAACCCCUCGGUAGUGUCAGCUGUCCUUCUUGACGAGGACGACAUGGACCCAACGGAGAGUUCACACUCUUUCCAAAUUGCCGCUUCAUUGCAACAACCACUUUCAAAAGACGUAAACGAGCCGAUUCCUUUAGAAGAAUCUGUUGAACAAACUCCGUUAAGGCCUGUGCGCCGCGCUUCUAGUGUUGUCUCGAUGCAUAGCGACAACGGUCUGCUACGUGCACCCAUGAGAAGUGUUAGUAAAGCGUCGAUAGAACUUAAAAGUAGCGCAAAGAGCAGCACGACGGAUACUAAACUGCUGCUUCCUCGGGUGUUGAGUGGAACUCAGGCUGCGCCCAGCACUAGGGCGGACCAAAAACUGGAAAGAAUGGUGGAACCACAGAAGGCUAUCGAAAAUAAAAUUAUUGAUAAAGCCGCUGAAAGUGUUCAAGAGGUACAUAUCGUGUCGCGGAUGGUAGAGGCGGUAAAAGCUCAAGAGAGUUUUGAAACAAAGGAUCCGCCUCAAAGUCUUGUAUGGCCAUCUGAUGAACGGCCGAAGAAAAUCCCCGGUAGAUUAUCUCCCGAGGGAGCUCCCAGUGAAGAAGUAGCCAAAGAGAAUUCGACGCUUAGGGAAACGCGAGACGGAUUCACACCCAGAGGUCUGCCUAUGAAAUCCUACAAGAAAUUUACUUUUGAACGAAACGGCGGCCAAGUGGUUGUUCGGGAGAAGAUCUGUAAAAAAGAACAACAAGACGGAAACAAUCGUAAGAUCGUUAUUGAGAAAAAAGUGACAUCGCGGACAUCGUCAUUCGACAAGCCGCUGGUCGACGGUAUAGAAGGCCUGAAGGUCCGCAAGGGAGAUGAGAGCUCCGACGAGGACGACUUCGAUCUCCACUUUGACUCCUCACACGGUCCUUUAGGUCUGCUAAACGUGAUGAAGUUUAUGGAUCACGACUUUCGUUUGCGUUGGCAAAAUCACUCGAUUUUCCAAAAUGUAUCUCGCAGACCGAUGACGUCCGCAACCGAAUUAUUGCAGUCUGUUCAAAAUAGUCGAAGAAGAUUACACUCGCCUUCGUUGAUGAAGCUUUUCAUGGAACAUCGGGACUUUGCAACACCAACGAACGACGCAUCCCGCGACCCUACUUUCGAAUCUCAUUUCGGGUUCCCUCUUCAUCAUGAGCCAUUAUCCAGGCAUAAUUCAUUACAGGGUGCUCAUAAUCCCGUUACGUCGACCAUCUCUGCUGACCCUCGCGCGUCCUACCGCCGACUAAACAGAGGUUCCUCUCUUGAUAGAAGCUCCAUGAGGAUUCCGUGUCCACAAACCUCACCUCAGGUGGAUCCGAUGUCUUCAUCAUAUUAUUCGUCAGCUCGAGAUGAACCUCCGCUAAGCACCGUUCGCCAAAUUCCCCGUUAUAGCCGAACACUGAGUGAUCGUACAAUUGAUAGUGUGGAUGUAACCGACCGAACUGCGUCCGGCGUGUCGGGUGUAGUUGGAGGGGUGGCGAAUACAGGUGGAGGUAUAGCGUCAUCCUUGAGCUCUUCCUCUGGACCGACACCGCGCGUCCACCUCCGUACUCAGCAAGGACGACAGCCUGUUGUGCACAUGGAGCUCAGCUUCAAUGGCCGACAACCAGGUUCGAUAGGACUGACCCACUCCUGGUCAAAUCAUGGCCUGUGGCAACAACAGCAUCCAGCCAACAAUUCGGGUACGCCGACCCGCAUCGAGAUGCGAGUCCAUUACGCUAGUCCAAGCUCACCUCCGACGACGCCACCAAGUGGCAUGCCACCAAGACCGCCCAGGCCUACGGCUCCUUCAGCAUCAGCAGAAGGUGUACGCCACGAGAAACAGCAGAACCUAAACGAGACCGUCGAUCGUGGCUCAGAACCACCGGAAGCAGAAGAAAGUGUUAGCGAUCGAAUUAAUCGACGGAGCUACUAUCAUAGAUUUAGCAGCGUGGACCGCCAUUUACCACCGCGUCCCACGUCAACUAUAUGGGACCAGCAACAGGUGGCACCAGCAGUGGGAGGAGUUGGAGCAGGUGUCCUUUGGGAAGCUGCAUCACCCGAUAAACCGUUAGGGGCUCGCUUUAAGCCUCAUUUUCCACCAGGCGAAAUCAAUCCUACCAGCAUGUGAGGUAGGAUCUUAUGAAGAGCUCUUUGAAAGCAUCGUCGAAAAAGCAAACGAAAUUAAAACCAUUUUACUUAGUGAUUCCGGCUGUAGUUCCGUUCGUUGACUUAGUACGAACUGUACGAAAUACAUAUCGUUAUAUAAGACAUCGUGUAAGUUUUACAGCUUUCCAUAUUUGGAGAUGACGUUUUGCUGAUCGUUUACGUAAUUAGUCAUCCUCAAAUUUUACUUUAUCAAAUAAACCAAUUUUGUUGACAUCUUAUUUAAACAUAUAAUAGAGUGCCGCCCUAUAUAUAUUAAUGAAGUAAAUACCAAAAGCAAAGCAUAGCGUAAUACCUCAGGUCAUGCUGUGAAAAGAUACUUCUUUAAAUCCGUGUUUGCUAAUCAGUCUUCUUACGAUCUUUUGAAAUAAUAAAUUGUAUUUAUACAGUAUCGGCCUCAGUGAACGAAGUCAGUUAAGCAUGCGGUUGGGCAGCGCGUGCAAUUUGCUCGCCAAGGGUAACACGUACAUCUUGGAUGAGCAUACCACGCUGUUGUGUGAAAACAGUAAACGAAAGUGUCUUAAUAUAAAGCUUUGAUAAAAUUCUGGCACCUGCGCAUAUAAUAAGGGCAAAUAUAUAUUUGUCCUUUCACCUCCCAUGCACAAUGGAUUACUGUGCUCGGAACUUCCUGGAGGCACAACCAUCAAUUCUACCAGGCCUAAAUGCUGUCGCGUACGGUGCUGCUAAUUAAGCACUGUACGAUUUGCCAAAUUUUUUCGGCCCGGUUUUUCAGCCAGGUUUUUCUAUUUCUCAUCCUCGCCUAGACGAAGCGCUAGGUGAAGCGCUAACAAAUAUGUAUGUCAUAUUAAUGACUCAGAAUAACAACGUAGCGCAUCUCACAUAGAAGAUAUUAGUAUACAACAUAGCUCUGACGAAACAGCGACCGUCAAUAAGUUCUACUUUUACCGAUGAAGACCCAGAAAGCUAUUUUUGCCAGCUCAGUUAGACUGGACUAACUGAGAAACGUGUCAAAUCAUGAUCUUUAAUCCGUCCACCGAGUUGAUCAUUUAUUGUACAAUAGGUUGCAAAGAAUGAAACAAUGGGGUGACAUCUGUAAGAUUUAGAAGAUUAAUAAUUGUAUAACAAACUUCAUUACUAUUAUUACUGUGCUACCUUGAACUAUAAAGACCUAGGGUUGUCUGGAACCCAGCAAUAUUAACCAGACUGGUCAGUUGGGAGCUUCGUAAAUAAAGAACGUGCCUGUAUUGCGGUCGCUUUGUAUUUCUUCU